AUAUUUUGUUGUAUGCUCUCGAAGUUUUAUCGUUUUACUCAUGCCUUUAUUUUUUAAAGAUGAUUUCAUUUUAAUUUUUACUGGAUAUAUAAUAAAGUGUUAUCCAUAUAAGUAUAAAUAUAAAACUGACAGAAUAAUUGCGCAUUUGUCUGGCAAACUUUUCCGUCUAAUGUCAUCUGUAUAUGACAAUCACUCCCUCCCCCACCUAUAAACUUUAUUACUUUGAUAAUCAAACAUGCCAAAGCAUAAAUACACAAAUAAAGGACAAAUAUGUAUAUGACAUUUCAAAGGUCAGCUAUGUACAUCAAAACAAUUAGUUAAGAUUAAUGUGAGCAAUUAUGAAUGUAUACAAACUUCAGCACAGAUAUUUGUUCUAGUUUAAAUUAUGACAAAACAUUAACUUUGACUAGUUAUAUUUACUGAUUUACUUACUUUUAUUCAAAACCGAGACAUGACUACACAGAGAGCAUUGUGUAUAAAGGUGACUGAUUUUAUUGAUUAAGGGAUAUCAGCAGACAGGAUGUGACAAAUUUUGAUGUGCCGUUCUACCUUCAUAUGCUAAGAAUGGCUAAACUUAAAUGACUCACUGUCACAAGACACAACUAAGGUCUAUUUUGGGUCAUUAAAGGUAUAGAGAUCAUGUUAUGUCAUGCUUGAAAGUUAAUAUGUCAUCCACUUAGACCUAUGAUGAAAUGAAUUACAACAUAGACAGUGUAAAUAAAACAUCCAUUUGGUGCUUUAUUAAUUACUCAUAAUAAGACAAACAUUCUGUCUGUGUAUGUGUGUGCACACAUGAAAGUAUUUUUGUGGCUAGCAGCUGGAUCCACAGAAUGAAUAAGAAAUGCAUGGAGGGCAAACAAGCACAUUAUAUCCAUGACAGAAGAGAGAGAGAGAGAGCUUCGGUCCCGAAUGACUCCCAUCCAAAACCAUGGGCAUUGUGGUGUCCAGAGCUGAUAAAUGUCGUUUGGUUCGCUCCACUGGCUUGCGGGGCUCUCUGCAGGUGCGGAACAGCGCCCCCUGUAGGGAGAUGAAUGGAACAGUCAAACUCUCUCAAAUUAACGUCAUUGAAUCGUCUCAGAACAACACUGAAGAGCUUCUGAUUCCUGCACUUCCAGAAAAGGCAAACAUAGAAAGAGGUUAUGUGACCCCACAGCAGGUGUACAACUUCCUGAAUGCUGAAGCGGGACAACCUUCACUGCAUGAUCCUUAUUAUAUACUUAUACUGGACUGCCGCUCUGCAGAGAGAUAUAAGCAGAGUCACCUGGUGACAGCCCGUGCCAGUGUGACGGUGAUGCAUCCAGAAUUGGGCUGUCUGAUAAGCUGUGUUCAGUUGCAGGAGUUUUCUAUAAUACUGCUAUAUGCCGAAGAAGGCCAAAGUCCAGUUGGCAGUCAGGAGGCACGCGCUGACUCUCCUACUCUCCAGCACUGUUUCUUCCAGCUGAGUGCUUUGGGAAUGGACCCUGUAAUCCUCCAGGGGGGCUAUUCUGCUUUCCACUCCCUCUAUCCCUUUCUGUGCACCCCUCGCAUGGUCCUACUAGAGUCAGAGCGUCGCUCCCUCACCAUCUACCCCUCUGAAAUCCUGGAGGGGGCGCUGUACCAGGGCUCUGCCUCGCAGGCACAUGACUACCGUAUCAUCAAAAACCUCCACAUCACACAUGUGGUCAAUGCCACGGCUGAAAUCUCGGAUGCCUUCCCGAGUGUUUUACGUUAUCUUCGGCUACGGCUAAGUGAUGAUGCACAGCAGGAUCUUCGCCAGGCCCUUCCAGAAGCUUCGCGGUUCAUCGCAGAGGCCUUGCGGGGGGCGCCGGGGGCGCCAGGAGGCCGGGUGUUGGUGCAUUGCAGCCUCGGACGGAGUCGUAGCUCGGUUCUGACGUUGGGGUUCCUGAUGGAGCAUCGCCGUUGGUCUCUGCUACAUGCGUUUCGUUGGCUGAAGGAAAGACGAGCUUGUGCUGCCCCAAAUGCGGGGUUUCUUCGGCAGCUCUCUGACUAUGAGGAACUGCUGUUUGGUCAACGCCUCACCUCACUGGAUGACAUCCGGCUCUGAAAGAUAUUGAAGGAAAAUAUAGUGACAUGACAAGAAGGAUUCCUCGUCACAGACUUAUAUAUUCGUUUGGUUAAUAACAAGAAUUUGACAGACUAAAGAAAGGCUUUGUUCAUCAUAUGAUGACUAAUAUGACACAAAUGGAAAUCUGUGGAUGGCCUUAUUCUAGAACAAAUGAAAAAAUAUUAGUAAAGACAUUUUAUCAUAAGCCAAAGAAAGACGACAAAUAUCAUUAUACAAAUGCUAAUUUUUCAUAUUUGCUCAAAAUUAGCAAGAUAAAUGUUCAGGUGGAAAAAAAGCAGAAAAGUUUUUGAUGUGAUUUUACUGUUUAAACAGGUACAAAACAGUGAAUGCUAAUUCCAACAUUUUUUAAAACAUUUCUAUCUUUGCUUUUUAUUUUUCUUUUAGGAUGUGAUGGUCUGAGGGACUAAAGCUGGCAAAAUGUAUUUGUGUCUAGUUUAGGUUUUUGUUUUUCAGCUUCUUCCAGUAUAGGAGAGAGAUCUGUUGACUUAAAAGGCAAUAAAGUCAGUAAAAACAAGUUUGAAUCAGUGGAAUAAAUACAAACGGCACAAAACAUACACAGCUGCAGACUGGAGUGUUUGACCUUUUUCUGCCCUUAAUGAUUUACACUGUGAAAUGGGAUGAGGAAAAAGUUUGGAAUCAGUCUCACAGAAACACUCCAAAUACAGUUUAGUAGUACAGUCGAAUGUUUGGCUAGUGUUGUGAUGACAGGAAUACUAGCUACAAUAAAUCAUAAUUGAUUUUUUUUUUUUUAAGUACUAAUUGAAAAGAAAAAUACUGAAGACAGCUCCUAAAGGAUUAUGUCUAUUUUUAUUUUGUAAAUGAACAUUUCAAAUAAUACAGAACAUUUUCUUUAAAUUAUUUUGAAAUGCUUAAUAUUUUUACACAGAGUGCA